AUGUUUCCGGAGUGGUUGUCGACCGUGGCGUCUGUGGGGAUGGCUGUGGGCCCGCCACUGGUCUACGCAGACCAGGCGUUCUCUAUCGUGAAACGAAAAGACUCUACGGGCUUCUCAAAGGAUACCUGUGCGAUCCUCUUGUUGGCCAACCUAACUCGAUGCUUCUUCUGGUUGGGAGAGAGAUUCGAGCGGGCCUUACUCAUACAGUCGAUAUUGAUGAUUUUCGCCCAAAUCGCCCUCUUAUUCAUCUGUCUAAAAUAUCGACCGCGGAUAUCAUCAGAGUCACUUGGUGGAUCUAGUCGCCCGUUGUCAUUUUGGCAAUGGGCGACUUUCACUCAAUACAUCGAAUUCCUUGCCGGCUUCAUCCUUGUGCAAGGAAUAGCUUUCCUUAUAUUCGGGCGCUCCAAGUUGUAUGUGUCAAUCCUCGGAUUCGUUGCCUUGGGGUUAGAAAGUACUUUACCUAUCCCUCAGCUAAUCAGUAAUUACAAACAACGGUCAUUGUACGGCUUCCGUAUGUCUACUCUCCUAGGCUGGGUAGGCGGGGAUUCAUUCAAGACAUGGUAUUUCUUCAACGAAGGCUCCCCUCUGCAGUUUAAAGUCUGCGCGAUAUUCCAGCUGUCCAUUGAUUUCGUCAUUGUGGCUCAGCGGUUUAUUUACGGGAAUGCCCCUCCUGAGACUGUCCUCCCAGAUGAUGAUUUGGAACAAGCCCUCGCUCUCGAAGAUGAUUAG